UCCACCCACAUCCAGCGAACAUUUACAGUGGUGCCGAAACCCGGGAUCGUGGAGCACCUGUCCUGCAGCCCCAUGGAAUCCUCCCCGUUCGCGGACUUGAUCCACGCCCUCGCCACGGCUCAGCAGAGCCAGCACCAGGCACUCGUCACGCUCCGGAAGGAGCAGGAGCAGCGCUUCGAAGCCCUGGUGCUGGCUCAACAGGAAGACCGAGAGGCGUUCCGGCGCCUCCUCGCGUCGGCGGGGUCCACCAGCGCACCGGCCGCGGGCCCGUCUCCCAUCACCUUGACUAAGAUGGGCCCGCAGGACGACCCCGAGGCAUUCAUCGCGUUGUUCGAACAGGUCGCCGAAGCCUCGGGGUGGCCGAUGGAGCAGCGCGCGGCGCGCCUCCUCCCCCUCCUGACGGGAGAGGCGCAGUUAGCCGCACUACAGCUCCCCGCCGACCACCGGCUGGCCUACGCCGACCUUCGCCGGGCUGUCCUCCAGCGCGUGGGGCGCACGCCGGAGCAGCAGCGCCAGCGCUUCCGCGCGCUGCGAAUGGAGGAAGUCGGCAGCCCAUUCGCGUUCGGCCAGCAGCUCCGGGACGCCUGCUGGCGGUGGCUGAGGGCCGAAGAUCGCGACGCCGAGGGGAUCAUCGACCAGGUGGCGCUGGAACAAUUCAUCGCCCGCCUACCCGCCGGAACCGCGGAGUGGGUCCAGUGCCACCGCCCGGCGUCGCUGGAUCAGGCCGUAGGACUGGCGGAGGAUCAUCUGGCGGCUGUCCCGGCGGCAGGACAACGGCUGUCAUCUUCUUCUCUCUCCUCUUCUCUCUCUCUCUCUCUCUUUCCCCUCCUCCCGUGUCCCGUCCUCGCCCCAUUCCCCCACCACGGAGGCGGGGGCCGGCUCCACCCCAGCCGGCCCGCCGCACCCGUGGUGCCCUCCCGUUUCUCCCUUCUGUGUCUGUCUCUCCCCCCCCUCAGGUGAGUGACCCUCAAACCACAGCUGCAGAGGGGAGGCCCGGGCCGGUUUGCUGGCGCUGCGGGGAACCGGGCCACCUGCAGCAACAGUGUGUCGCGAUGGAGGUGGGGGCGGUGGUGCGGAUCCCCGACGCGCCAGAGGCUGCCCUCGAUCAGGCCGGAGCAUAUCGCAUACCGACGGAUGCGUCGGACAGAGGGCUGGGGGCCGUUUUGUCCCAGCAGGUGGGGGGAGAGGAUCGCCCAGUAUUAUACAUCAGCCGGAAGCUGUCGGUGCGUGAGGGGCGCUACAGCACUAUCGAAAAAGAGUGUCUGGCGAUCAAGUGGGCGGUCCUCGCCCUCCGUUACUACCUGCUGGGGCGCUCUUUCACCCUCUGUUCGGACCACGCGCCC